AUGUCGUUCAACCGCUCCGCCUCCAUGGUGACGCCAAUCCUCCUGAGAAACGCUGUCAGAACUCCGCGCAGAAACCCCAGAUUGUUCCCCCACGACAUAUCAGCGAUCGCCGCCCUCGUCUCCAGACAGCGCUAUGCCACAGACACCUCCACAUCCUCCCAGUCGGGCGGCAACUUCCCUCCGCCCGGUUUCAACGCCCAGGAGGCGAAGAAGCCCCUUCCCAAGGAAGACCAGCAAAAGUCGCAGUCCGCGCUGAAGUCGCAAGCCGACAAGGACUCCAUCAAGGUUGAAAUACCGAGAGACAGCCCCACUGCACACCCCAAGACUGAUGCCGCCGAGGCAGAAAGCUUGAUCGAGCUUGCUGCGGAGCAGGCGACAGCAGACAAAAUAGAGCAAAAGAAGCUCGCCAAGAAGAUUGAGGAGCACAAGAACCUCACUCUGUGGCAAAAAGUCAAGAAGGAGGCCAAUCACUACUGGGAUGGCACCAAGCUGCUCGGAACUGAGGUCAAGAUCAGCACCAAGCUGGCUUUGAAAAUGGCGGCGGGCUACGAACUAACCCGCCGCGAAAACAGACAGCUUCGCCGUACUGUCCAGGACCUUGGUCGCCUCGUACCCUUCUCUGUUUUCGUCCUUGUCCCAUUUGCUGAGCUCCUCCUGCCUGUUGCGAUGAAGUUGUUCCCCAACAUGCUUCCGAGCACAUACGAGGGCCAGAAAGCCAAAGACAACAAGAUCACCAGCAUGCGCGCGACCCGGAAGGAAGUCAGCGACUUCCUCCGCCACACACUACAGGAAGGCGGUUUACCCGUCAGCGCUGCAAAUGCUCAGCGCGAGGAGUUCACCCAAUUUUUCCGCAAGAUUCGCAGCACCGGCGAGGAUCCCACCCAAGCCGAUGUUAUCAAGGUCUGCAAGAUCUUCAAGGAUGACCUGACUCUGGACAACUUGUCUCGCCCUCAGCUUGUUGGAAUCUGCAAAUACCUGGGUCUGAACACCUUUGGCACCGACAACAUUCUCCGCUACCAAGUCCGCCACCGUAUGCGCCAGAUCAAGCGUGAUGACAAGAUGAUUUUCAUCGAAGGCGUCGAGUCCCUCUCUGUCCCCGAACUCCAGAAUGCUUGCGGCAGCCGUGGUCUUCGGACUCACGGCGUCAGUCCGGCUCGCCUUCGGGAGGAUCUUCAGAUGUGGUUGAAUCUCCGUCUCAAGUACGGUGUGCCGUCAACACUUCUCGUCUUGAGCAACGCUUUCAUGUAUGGCCAAGGCAAGGAGACGGAGAUGGAGACUCAGAUCGAUGCUUUGAAGGCCGUCCUCUCCAGCAUUCCCGAGGAGUUGUUCCACGAGAUCGAGCUUGAGGUACACACGGCCGAAGGUGCUGCGACCAACAAGCAGCGCCUUGAGGUCCUGAAGGAGCAGCAGGAGCUUAUCGAGGAGGAGAGCGAGCAAUCGGGCAGCACUGGUGAGGCGACUGCCUCGUCGACACCGAAAGAUGACAAAGAUAUCGACGAGAAGGAGGAGGCCGAGGCCGAGGAAAAGCAACAGGUUCAGGCAAAGGCCGACGAGUCUGCUGCGGAAAAGCAGAAUGUCGAAGCCAAGAAAGCUGAGCAGGAAGCUGAGAAGGCCUAA